GCGGAGUUAACAGUCCGUGCUUCAGACUGACCAGAGACCGACGGACGGGUUCGUCUGUAGUACAUUUUGCAGGUUACAAUGCGAGACACUGCUCUUUCCCCACUCAGCUGACAAUAUGGAUAACACACGGAGAGUUUGACCGCUUCAGUGACUCAUCAUUUUAUAGAAAUAUACUGUCAGUGCUGCUCAUACACUGACCGGCCGGCUGUACGUCAAGUUCCUCUGGGUUGUUUUUCGCUGUUCAGGCCGUUUCUAACACGAGGGGGCCGCCUGUGAACGAGCGUCCACCAUGGUGCAGGAAUACCAGUCCCCCGUUCGGGUCUACAAGCAUCCAUUUGAGUUAAUAAUGGCGGCCUAUCACAGGAGGUUCCCGAAGUGCCCCCUGAUCCCAGUGUUUGUGGACAGCGAGAUCUUUAGCGAGAGCCAAAGCAAGGAUGGAUCCACGCUGGUAACUGAGAGGCGCUGCGUGAUCGACAUUGAUGCCCCGCGGCUUCUUAAACGGAUUGCCGGUGUAGAUUACUUGUACUUUAUCCAAAAGAACACUCUGAAUCGCAGAGACAGGACACUCCGCAUUGAGGUCCACAACGAGACCUUUUCCAGCAGAGUCAUUGUCCGCGAGUGCUGCAAGUACACGGUUCAUCCAGAGAAUGAGGACUGGACGUGCUUCGAACAGACGGCCAGUCUGGAUAUGAAGUCCUUUUUUGGCUUUGAGAGCACCGCAGAGAAGAUAGCUAUGAAACAGUAUGCUAGCAGCAUUAAGAAGGGUAAAGAAAUUAUUGAGUACUACCUCAGAGAGCUGGAGGAAGAAGGGGUAACUUACAUACCUCGCUGGACCCCCCCUGUUGUCUCUGGCACUGCCAGGCUCCAGCUGCUGCCCCCCUCUACUGCCAAAACCGUCCCAGUGAAUGGUGCUAAAGGUGGGCUGGACAGUAGAGACCCGGCCUGUCCCGCAGAGCUGGUGGUAGGCUCUCCAGACGACAAGCUGGAUGCUGACUACAUCAGGCGUUACCUAGGUGAUUUAACGCCUCUGCAGGAGAGCUGUCUCAUUCGACUGCGCCAGUGGCUCCAAGAAAACCACAAGGGCAAGAUUCCAAAGGAUCAGCAUGUGCUUCGCUUUCUGAGGGCCAGAGAUUUCAACCUCGACAAGGCCAGGGAGUUCUUGUGCCAGUCGCUGACCUGGAGGAAGCAACACCAGGUAGACUUCCUGUUAGACACCUGGGAGCGCCCGCAACUGCUUCAGGACUAUUACACCGGAGGCUGGCACCACCACGACAGAGAUGGCCGCCCCCUGUAUAUCUUGCGUCUGGGGCAAAUGGACACUAAGGGCUUGGUACGAGCCUUGGGAGAGGAGGUGCUGCUGAGACAGGUCCUGUCCAUCAAUGAGGAGGGACUGAGGCGUUGUGAAGAAAACACCAGAGUCUUUGGUCGGCCCAUAAGCUGCUGGACUUGCCUGGUGGAUCUGGAGGGUCUUAACAUGCGUCACCUGUGGAGACCAGGUGUUAAGGCUUUGCUGAGAAUCAUCGAGAUGGUGGAGGCCAACUACCCUGAGACUCUGGGUCGCCUGCUUAUACUGAGGGCGCCUAGAGUUUUUCCAGUCCUCUGGACCCUGAUCAGCCCCCUGAUUGAUGAGAACACUCGUAAGAAGUUCCUUGUUUAUGCUGGGAACGACUACCAGGGUCCAGGUGGAUUGGUUGACUACAUUGACAAACAAAUCCUCCCAGACUUCUUGGGUGGGGACUGCAUGUGUGACAUCCCUGAGGGAGGUAUGGUCCCCAAAUCUCUGUACAGGACAGCAGAAGAGCUGGAGAGUGAGGAAAACCGCCUGUUGACCGACUCCAUCUAUAAGAGUGCCAGUAUCUUUAAAGGAGCCCCAUAUGAGUUGCUGAUCGAGAUCACAGAGGCCUCCUCUGUCAUCACCUGGGACUUUGACGUGUCCAAAGGAGAUGUAAUCUUCAACAUCUACCAUUCCAAGAGGGCCCCACAGCCUCCAAAGAAAGACACUCUCGGAGCCCACGGCAUCACGUCCCUAGGGGUAGUUAAUGCCCAGGUGAUAGACAGGAGCUGGCUGCUGGGAAAGGACUACAGCAUGGUGGAGAAAGCCCUCACCUGCAGGGAGGGAGAGAGCGUACAGGGCUCCCAUGUAACACGCUGGCCCGGCUUCUACAUCCUCCAGUGGCGCUUCCACAGCUCCCCAGCUUGUUCUGCCACCAGCCUGCCUCGUGUGGAUGAUGUGCUGGCCUCGCUGCAGGUGUCCUCCCACAAGUGUAAGAUCAUGUACUACACCGAGGUGCUGGCCUCCCACGACUUCAGGGGAUCCAUGACCAGUCUGGAGUCUAGUCAUAGUGGUUUCUCUCAGCUCAGUGCUGCCACUACUUCAUCUAGCCAAUCGCACGCCAGCUCCACCAUCUCAAGGUAGCAUCGGCCCAGCAGGUGUGAAAGGCAGCAGUGACCUAAAACCUAACGACAUCUUAAUCCAACUGUGCCUUAUGCCUUUGAAAAGAGGGUGUUUUUACUCAUACACUUAAAUUAGAAUUUGAUCUUACAUUUAAAGGUGAGGAGUGUAAUGUAAAUGUUUUAUUAUAUUAUUAUUAUUAUCAUAUUAUUAUUAUUAUUGUUGUUGUUGAAUAUCUGAUUUGUAGCUACCCUAUUUGUAACCCCAUAAGUGCCAUUACAGAGGAGCAUCUGCUGGAUCAAUAAAUGCAAAAGGAGAUGCCACACAAACGAUGCGAUCUUUACACAAGAUUAAAUGAGACAGAGAUGUUGGAGUAGUAAAUGUAUCUGGCACAUAGUCUGUCCCUGAAGUUGCAUUCUUUGUCCACAAGAUGUCAGUGUAAUCUGUGACUGGAACGUCUCUCAGAUCUGCAGUGUGCUUACGGUUUCACUCACACACUUUGCCUGGUCUUCUAAGAAAUCGAAAGGAGGGUUGUUUAAAUAAAGAAUUAUCACAAGAAUUAA